GCGACGUUUUGCCCCGCGAACUUUUCAACCCUUGGAUUGAAUAGGUAAAUUUUGUAAUCACCGCGGCCGAAGAUGACGAGCAGAAUAGGGGGGUUGAGCUCAAAUGACACGGGGUCGCUACAGGGUAUCCUUGAAGUAUGGCACGACCAUCGACCCGUGAUACUAUUUGCGACAACUGGUAUUUUAGUAGUGCUUUGGUUAUAUAUAGAGCUACGCCAGAAACCCAAGAUUCCCACUGAUGCUGUCAAAUUCGAUCAACCUCUUCCAAAACCUACCGCGAAAAGUGACAACAAAGCUCUGCAAGAAAAGGUUGACUUGCCCAAAGAGAAGCCUAAAGAGAAGACGAAAGAGCUCACUACCGGUCCACGACGUAUCAAGGGUGAAUUGCGAAGAACAGAUAGCGCACGCAAGCAUGAAGAGUCUAAAACACCCAUCCAAACACUUGUGUUCUACUCAUCCUUGACUGGAAGCACGGAGAAGACUGCUACUGAGAUUGCCAAGACCCUGGGAAUUUCGUUAGGAGAGAAAGUCGACGGCUCUGGGAGGUCCUUCUUAAAUCCUCUCGUGUUAGAUUUAGCCGAAGUGGAUUACGAUGAAUAUUUCAUAAGCCCACCGAAACCAGCAGAUAAUGGCACCCCGAUAGAUUACUUCUACCUUCUCCUGGUGCCUAGCUACAAUAUCGAUUCCAUCAACGACAACUUUCUUGAGCAUCUAACGGAAACGCAUCAUGACUUCAGAAUUGAUACCGCGCCGUUAUCUGGUCUCAUUGGCUACUCGGUCUUCGGCUUAGGUGAUCGAGAGGGAUGGCCGACCGAAGACGAAGGGUUUUGCUUUCAAGCUAAGGAGGUUGAUAAAUGGAUGGCUAGGCUUACGAGCCGUAAGAGGGCUUACCCCUUAGGAAUGGCAGAUACGAAACGGGAACUUAAGGAAAGACUUGGCGAAUGGACUGAUGGAGUGGUCGACACCCUAAAGCACAUUGCCCUAACUGGGUCUUUAGGAGAAGGAGUACCUGGUAGUGGAAAUGAUGUGGAAAGCGAAGACGAACAUGCUUCUGGGGAUGACGAUGGAGAAGCCGAAAUUGACCAAGCAGUGACCACAACUAAGCCGAAAAAGGGACGUUCGGGGAACAUUGAAGAUGUCGAAGAUCUCGGGAAGAUUAUGAAGACCUCUCGAAACGACACAGAAUUACCAACCGGCUCCGCACCAAUCGCCGUGGACUUCACCACAUACAACAAACCAAAAUCGAAGAGACCACCCCAAACUGUUAAAGAGAUGGUACCUAAGAAUUCGCCCACAUACGCCUCUUUGACUAAACAGGGGUAUUCCAUCGUAGGUUCGCAUUCAGGGGUCAAGAUAUGCAGGUGGACCAAGUCAGCACUACGAGGACGCGGCUCCUGCUAUAAGUUUUCGUUUUACGGCAUCGCAUCGCACCAGUGCAUGGAGACUACGCCGUCACUAUCAUGCUCCAACAAAUGCGUUUUCUGCUGGCGACACGGAACAAAUCCAGUCGGAACCACCUGGCGCUGGGUUGUGGACCCACCCGAGAUGAUCUUCGACGGCGUCAAAGCUGGUCACUACAAAAAGAUCAAGAUGAUGCGCGGUGUUCCCGGCGUCAGGGCCGAGCGAUUCGCAGAAGCGAUGCGCAUACGGCAUUGCGCGCUGAGCCUGGUCGGCGAGCCUAUCUUCUACCCGCACAUCAACGAAUUCUUAGCAUUGCUACACGGCGAGCGCAUCUCUUCUUUCCUGGUCUGCAACGCCCAGCACCCGGAGCAGCUCGCGGCCCUCAAGGCCGUCACGCAGCUCUACGUGUCGAUCGACGCCAGCAACAAGGAAUCCCUGCGCAAGAUCGACCGGCCCCUGCACCGCGACUUCUGGGAGCGCUUCCAGCGCUGCCUGGACAUCCUGCGCGAGAAGCGCUUCCGCCAGCGCACCGUCUUCCGCCUGACCCUCGUCAAGGGCUUCAACGUCGAGGACGAGGUGGAGGGCUACGCCGACCUCGUCGAGAGGGGCCUGCCGUGCUUCGUCGAGAUCAAGGGCGUCACGUACUGCGGCACGUCCAGCAGCGCCGGCGCGGGCCUCAGCAUGGCCAACGUGCCCUUCUACGCCGAGGUCACCGAGUUCGUCACCGCCCUAGAUAACAAGCUGCGCGAGCGCGGGCUCGGGUACGGCAUCGCCGCCGAGCACGCGCACAGCUGCUGCGUGCUCCUCGCCAGCGAGCGCUUCAGGGUCGACGGCAAGUGGCAUACGAGGAUCGACUACCAGCGCUUCUUCGAGCUGCUCGAGGAGCGGGGCGCGGACGGCGACUGGACGCCUGAGGAGUAUAUGGGCCCCGAAACGCCCGAGUGGGCUACCUGGGGUAACGGCGGCUUCGACCCGCGGGACGAGAGAGUCGAUCGUAAGGGCAGGAAGAUCGAGGUCUCCUAGUUACGUACCUAGGUACCUACAUACAUAGACAGAUAUCUUUAUAAUUACAGCUAGGUAGUUGAGAUAGAUAGGAGGUAGGUAGGUUUACUUUAAGGUUAUUUAUACACGGGGGGUGGGGAGGG